AUGGCCUUUGCGUACGCGACGAGUCUUUCAAACUCGCCGGAUCAAUGGGGCAAGAUGACAUUGACCGAUUCCAAGAUCGGUAAAGGGACCGCAGACACAGACCCUUCGCGUGUCUUUUGCGCGAUAAACCUAUUCAAUCAGUCAGAAGUCUAUCGAUACGGAACUGGUAAUGAGUAUUGUCGUGACUUGCGCAAGGGAAAUAACGGAUGGCGCGACGAGCCAGGUAUGUUCACGGCUCUGCUGUCUUUAUUGAUAGGUUAUAUGAGCACAGCUGACGCAAUUCAUUCUCAAGGCUUUGGAAAACGCCCUGAAUAUUCCAAGUGCAAGGUUAAUGUCGCUGGGAGCACCUUCGACGACCAAACGCGCCCUGUUUCGUUCGGCAAGCGUGACCAGGAUAAGUCGAUGAGCUGGAAUGAUCCAUGGGGAAUUGAAAGUAUUGAGAUGUUAGACGAGGAGGACGAGGCCCCUCUGUGGGACGAUGUGGACUGGGCAAACAUGUUCAACCCCGGAAACACGAAGUUUGGGCAUGCUGCAGAUUCAAAUUAA